AGGAAUUAAAAAAAACAAGACGUUGGUUUCCCAUCAUCCCUUGUUGCUUGUGUUGCAGCUUCUGUUGGGAAAACAGCCGACCGAGACCCCGAUGUUUCGGUCCCGGACGGUAAACGGGUUCUGAACGGAUCUGGAUCUCGGAGCUUGGGACGGCGGUACAUCUCUGCUGACAGUGGAUGCCGCUCCCGGCGCGGAGCUCGUCCCGGAGAAGGAGAAACGGCCCGGAUGAAGAGGAGCGAGCUGCGAAUUGUUCUGUUGAGGUGAUGGCGCCAACACGGAUGAAACUGCGUGAACGUCGGCGCGACACUGCAGCUGAAGCUGCUCCAGCAGGAGGCGCUUCGCUGGCCGGAGACGCAGAGAGAACCCGAGAGAGCAGACGGAGCAGCAGAAAGAGAAACUGCAGCAAAGCUUUGGCCUCAGCUGACGCUGCACCCUCCUCAUCCUCGUCUCCUCCCUCCACCUCGUCUGGAACCACGCGUCCUGCAGUGGCGGCAGAGGCGUCGCCAGACUCCAAGUGUCCCAUCUGCCUGGACCGCUUCAACAACCUGGCGUACCUGGACCACUGCCUCCAUCGCUUCUGCUUCCACUGUAUCCAGGAGUGGUCCCACAACAAGGCCGAGUGUCCGCUCUGCAAGCAGCCCUUCGCCUCCAUCCUUCACUCGGUCCGCGCUGAGGAUGACUUCAAAGAGUACACCCUGCAGCCGCCGCGCACCAACAGCCAGCUGACUGCCAGCACCUUCCUAACCACGGUAGCUGCGAUGACCUCAGAUGGCAGCACACAGCACCACCUGAGGCUGAUGCUGAGGAGGCAUCUGGUGGCAGCCGACAGGGAGAACAUCCGGAGGAGGCGAAGGAGGGAGAGGGCAGCGAGCGGCAGAAGGUCUAAUGAGAGGAUGGGUGAGUGGGAGUUUUUCAUGCCUUCUCCUCCUCUUCCAGUCUCACCUUACCACCUCGACAUGUCAGAAAUCAUCAUGGAGAAUAUGGGGGUUGAGGAGGACAUGAGGAGGAGAGAUGAGGAGCGAAGGCUGGUUUUUAACGAGCUGACAGGCCUCCGAGGAGCGGCAGCGCCCCCUGCUGCCCCCAACACCCGGGCGUCCCGGCGGUUAAUGUGUCGCCUGGCGAUCAGACAGCGGCUGCAGCGAGAAGGCGGGGCCAUCCACAUGGGGGAGAGGGAGGUGAUCGCUUUCCGCAAGGCGCUCUACCAGUGCGGCAUACGAGCUCAGGGCAUCAGCGGUAACCAGGGGCGACAGCGUGCCAUCACAGCAGAGUCUUUCCGUCGGAGCACCAGCCAUCUCAACAGACUCCACAUCUGGCUGCGGCGGGAGCUGACGGUGCUGCUCGGCUCCCACGCCUCGCUCACGGAUGUAGUUCAGCGCACCGUCAUGGCUCGGGUCCUCCGCAGCGGCCUGGAGGACGCGGCCGCAAUAGAAGAAGAGCUGCGGCCGUUCCUGUCGGCGCGCACUGAGCACUUUGUGCAUGAGCUGGUGAGCUUCGCCCGCUCCACACUUAGGAUGGAAAGCUACGACCAGCAGGCGGUGUACGAGCCGCCGCCCACCGCCAUGGAGCUGGACCAGGUGAGCACGCCCUCCGAUGGCAGCUCUGUCAUCGCCAUUUCUGAAGGAGAGGAUGAGGGGGAGGAGAGAGGAGGAAGAUCUGAGGGUGCAGGAGGAAAUCAUGAUGAUGUCAUCAGAGCAGGAAGCAGCCUCAGCCUGUCAGGCUGGGACGAUGAAACCCCGGGACCCUCAUAUACCACAGCAGAACCAUCGCAUUCGCUCACACCGGCAUUCAGCCCUGCCCCUCAAGACUCAGCCAAUCAGGAGGGAGGACAGCGCCACGCGGAGGAGGAGGAGUGUCUGAUUGUUGGCUACAAGAAACCCAUCGCAGAACGGACUCCGGAGCUGGUGCAGCUCUCCUCUGACAGCGAGGAAGGUGAGGGAGAGAAGAAGAAGAAGAAAGAAGAGAAUGAGGUGGUUGCAUCAGAGACAGUAAAAAAGGCUCCUCCUUCUUCCUCCUCCGCUCCUCCCUCCUCCAACCUACCCAUCAUCCCUCCCUCCACAUCAGGCGCCUUCAGAGCAGAGCAUGUGGCGGGGCAGAAACAGAGUGAGACGGGGCAGCGCUCCCAUUCGUGGUCAGAAAGUUCUGGAAGAAGCACAAAGUCGGUGUGCUCACUCAGUCCAGCAACACCUGAGUGGAGGCGGAGAGACAGGAAGCAGCACGGGGAAAGGAGGAAGAAGAAGAAAGGAAGGCAGGACGGGAGUAGAGAACAUCUGAGGAGGAGCGGCACCUUCUGCAACCCAAACCGCUCCAUCUUUCCCCCCAUGAUGUCCCGCUGCUCUCCAUCACCUUUCGAUUAUAGCGCUGACUCCGCCUCUUCGUUGUCGCAGAGCCCACGAGACUCCAGCUGGGACUUCCGCUUGACCCAGGUGUCCCCUCUCACCUCCUCCGUUUCCUCAACCUCACCCUCCCGCUCCAUCUCCCCCCUCUGCUCCUCUCCCCCUCAAACGCCGCCUACUCCCGCCUUCUCCCCCAAGCGGCCCCAUCAUGUAGAAAAGCCCGGCGGGAAGAGGAAGUACAAGAGCCGGCACCUGAACAGCAGCAACAAGGAUCCGUCCUGGAGGCCGAACCGCAGCCAGCAGCGGGAGAGGGAGCACAAGAAGAGGCGGAAGAUCCGGAGAGAGGCCCUGGGGCGUGAGAACAGCAGCUUGAAAACAGGAAACAGCAGAAGGUCCAGAGAGGACCGGAGUCCCAGCGUGGAGAUCAUCUACGAGGGAACCAUCACCUCCAGCACGACGCAGCCUUCAGCGCACAAAUGGCGCCGGAGACCCCACCGCAGGACACACCUCAGCAGUUCUCCCGUCAUCAUCACCUUGGACAGCGACAGUAGCCAUGACGACGUCAGGAGGACCAACAGCGCCAGCAGCAGCCCGCUCAGCAGCCAGCAGACCAUCGACUUCUCCGACCUCCCUUCGCUCCCGAUGCUUCACUCGACCGAUGUGGGCGGCAACAUGGACGCGGAGCUUCCCACCGACAUCCUGGAUCGAGGAUCUGACGGGUCGGAGUCUGAGGCGGCGGUGCGGUCCAGAGCGGCACGCCGAGUAGAAAACGGUGACAGCAGCUACGUGGACGUGAUCAACGUGGAGGACAGCGUCUCUCUGCUCGAAACCUCCGAUGAUCAACAAACGGCUGCUGAGCCAAUCAGAGCGGCCGAUUCAAAGCCACCAGGUGAAGGUCCAAUGGAACCGGCUGCUGUAGGAGAGGGUGCUGGUCCUAAACCGUUUCACAGAAGACACCAGGAAGUGUCUUCAUCUGACCGGUACCUGCUGGAAUCCAUCCUUAGCGACCUGAACCGGAUCGCUCCCGCCAGACCGGAUCUUUCCCCAAACACUGACUCCAGAAAACAGACCCCACAGCAGAUCAACCAGAAAGCAGACUGCCUGCUGGAGGAGAGGACACGUUCCGGUCCAACGUCAAACAUCAGCUGUCAGCAGAAUCAGGAAUGUAACUCCCAGACCAGAACCUCCUCCUUCCCCCCAGGACCUCCCCUGGACAGGACGAAGGAGAGCAGAGAUGUCCCGCCUCUCCUCAGACGGGCCAGUCCUGUCAGGUCCUACAACAGGAACACUCCACCACCUCUAAAACACAAAGAUGCUGGAAGUCCGCAGCAGUGUGCCGCUUUUCCCCGAGACGUUGGGCCUCAGUGUUCCUCCGACGCUGAUCCGAACGGCAGGAACUCCCCCGUCCUGCUCGGUCUCAACAAGCACGCCAUUCCUCCCAUAACCACCCUCAAGAACCACCUCAACAACGUGUGGACGUCCACCAUCGGCGCCGGGGUCCCCUCCUGCAGCCACAGGCUUCCAGCAGAUUCCCAUUCCUCUGGUUCCGAUCACUUUCCCGGUCUGGGUUUGGGUUCUUGUCCUUCCACAGAGUCUCAUCACAGCAGGGAACGUUUGAAACUGUGUUUACCUGCUGACCCUGUGAACUCCUCACAUUCCACAGAUCUCCAUCCAGCUCACCGCAGCUCUACCUCCGGAGGCGACGGGAAUAAAGCGCUGGGCCCGAUCCGUCAGGACCUCCAUCCAUCUAGCUGGGAUGUUUUCUCAGGAGUGAACUCUAAAGAUGCUGCUUCUUUUUUACCUGACAAGCUGCUCGGCAGGAGCUGCCCAGAACCGCCAGCAGGUGGCGGCCUGUGUUCGAGAGCAGCUUCAGGAGGUCAGAGGGUCAGCGGGAUGUCAUCAGCUUCCAUCUUCACGCCGCCGUCUGACUCCGCCUCCCAUCACAUGGCCUUAUCCUCGUCUCCAUCCCAACACUCUAGUAGUUUCAUCUCAACAAACACAAAGUGCAGUUUUUGGCCCAAAUCCCAUUCUGAGCUGUUUCACCGCUCCGGGUCCCACUCCGGACCACAGAACCACAGCGAUCUGAGCUCCAACUUCUUCCACGGCCAUCUUCUCCAGCCCACCGACUCUGUACCGCGACCUCAAAUCCAGCACGACCCGGACCCACACCUCCAUGACCCCGCAUUCCGACCUUCCUCUGACUCCUCCCGCACUAAAGCCUCCCACAGAACCGGAACCUUUCAGCACAACGCAGACAAUCACCCACCGGACCCACAGUCUGAGCAGCGCUCCUGAAAAAUUCCACCUUAAACGAAAUGAUUCUGGUGAAAAUGUACAGAAGGAGUUUCUGUUCUUUGGGUCAGGACUCGUCUUAUGCCUUUACUUUAAAUAGCGGGACUGCGAGCCAUUUAUGUGUUCUGAUCCAAAUAUAUUUAUAUGUUUUUUAUUUCUUUUUAUCUUGAAGAUGAUGAAAUGUUUGUGGAAUAAUGAAACCCCUCAAAUUCUGGAAGCAGACUAAUUGGACUGCUUCGGUGCAUUAAAGGAGAACUGGAGGGGUCCGGUAUCAGACUUCAUCAGAACCACUGAACCUCCUUCCUGUCAGUCAUCAGAACCGAUGCAGAUCUUUUAAAAGUGAUAAACUGAAUGUGUUCCAGAUCACUGCAGAACAUUUGGUUCUGGUUCUGGUGGAGAGCAGAAGGUCAGUGUCACACUGGAGCGAUCCAAAUGUGUUUACAGGUUCUGGAAUGGGGGAGGAAAGUCCUGAAUAAAAGCUUGAUCCGAAAA